AUGAGUGAUGCGAGUGGCAGCGGCGUGGGUGGUAGUGGUGGUGGUAGUGGUGGGGAUGCUGAGGAAGAGUUCAACCGGCGAUUUAACGAAGAGUUGGCGGCCUAUACGCCCCGUGAGAUAAAUCGGCCGAUACAAAGGGCCUUGCAGCCGCAACAGUCGGCGGUACCUCGACCCAUUGUCCACUGCCGAAAUGUGGUUGAUCGGGAUCACAUCGCUGCACAUCAGCGGCUAUAUGACGACUACUUCGCUCCGGAGUCGCAGUUUGGGGCCAACCAUUUCAGGCGGCGUUUUAGGAUGAGUAGGCCACUGCUCCUGCGUAUCGUUGACGCUUUAGAGCGUCGAUAUCUGUGUUUCCGGUUCAGGUACGAUGCGGCUGGCAGACCCGGCCACACACUUAUACAGAAGUGCACUGCGGCAAUCAGGCAGUUGGCCUACGGAGGCUCGGCAGACAUGUGGGACGAGUACCUUCACAUCGGUGAGACGACUGCCCUGGAUUGUCUGAAGUUUUUCUGUCAAGGCGUCAUUGAAAUAUUCCGUGACUAG